CUUCAGUCACAUGACGGGAACUCGUUUCUAUUUCUUUCUUUCUUUUUUUUAAUGAAUUAAUCCGGAAACAGUAUGCUUCACUUAUUGUUUUCCAUUUUUUUUAGUUGUUUGAAGCCUGGAAGUGGUGUUAUGGUUUAAACGUGCAAGAAAACCGCUGCAGUUACCUUGGCACCUACAUUUGUACAGUUGUUUGACUCUUCAUUUUAUUGUUUUGACCACAGUUUCCAUCAUGGAAGAGUAAACUCUUAAAGGGCCUCAUCCAUUCACUGGGAGAGAGUUUUAUGCAUUAAGCUAAGGAGGGGAGUUGCACUGUUCAAUUGCGGAUAGUCAUGAGUAUGCAGUAUUAUUUUAGGGCAGGAUAAGAACUUAUUUUUGAUGCCUGCUGAUUAAAUAAAAAUGUGAGUUUUCAGAAGUCUUUUGUAGAGAGUUUGUUUUCAGUAGUAGUGUUACAUCUACCAGUGAUUGAAGAAAUCUGUAUUUUUACUCCUUUCAGAAUUGUAAGGUAUGCAUUUGGUCAGCAGUACUGCUCAUUUUCUCAUUGUCACAAUGAAUGUAUGUUGAGAUGAAUUUAUAUCCCUACCAACUAAAGAAAUGAAUAUUUAACAGACCAUCCAGCAAUAUGUCAUACUUUAUAACGUACAAGUUAUUAUUCUAGACUUGUGACUAACGGUUCAGGCCAAGGCUUUUUUUGCCCUUAAGUUAAGAAAUUGUAGAGUAUACAGGAAGAUAACUAAAAAAAAAAGCAUCUUUUUUGCCUCCGAGUCAUCUACCCAGCAAGACUUCCCAGUUGGAUUUAAGCCCAUUUUUAUUUCAUUUUGGUAGGUGGGCGUCUCUGUUCACAGAACAAGAGCUGUCUGGAAGGGCUGUCAUUUGAAGGUUGCUUCUGACCUCACCUACAUCCCAACUAUAUAUCUCCUAACACUUCAUGUGGAUUGGGGGUGGAGGUGUGAUGUAACAUCUGCAUCACUGCCACUACACCUUCCCCAUGCAAGUACACACUCUCCAUGCAUUUGCUUAGUGAAAACCAGUGCCAUAUUGUGGCUUUUUGAACCACAUGCCACCCCAAGCCAUAUAUUCUGCUCCUUCCUCCAGAGCCUUGUAUUUGCAUGCGUCUUGUCUCUUUCCUCUCCCACAGGAUGGGCACACCCAAUCUCCAUAAUUUUUAAAACUGAUUUAAUUACAUUUAGAAUAUGAAUUUUCCUGUUGUGUUCUCACAGCCAAGGGCUAUUUCUCUCCUUCACUGUCAGAAUUUUGACACCCCUCUUUCAUAUGUAGAACUGCUACCACCCACAGUUUGUUGUGGUAUAUUGUUUAAUUCAAGGUUAAGUUAGUACAGAUAAUUUAAAGGCACAGUUUUACUUCAGGUUGAUUUUGUGUAUUGGCAUCUGCCUUGUUUUCUACCGAACAAAAAAUUUAAUCCUAGUAACAUUAUUUGUUUGCAUUUCCCUUUUUUAAGAAAAUUAAAUCUUUUAUAAGUUUACCAGUUUUCAUGCAGUGAGAAUAAACUCACUUGUAUAAUACAGUACUGGCUGACUUUCUAAAUUCUUGGGCAUAGUUGUCCAGGUGGUAAUCAUCAGCUUUUUUAGAUGUGGUUGUUCUUAUGUCAGUUUUAAAUUCUGCCAUAACCAAUGUUUUGAGUUGCCUGCAUCUAAUUAGAAUGGAUCUCAUUCAAGCCUCAUCAAGAGGGCAGAUUGGACUCCUUUUUCUCUGGACCCAAGUGUGCUAGAAUCCAUUGCUUUACCAUAUGUCAGGCUAUCUCAAGUAUGCUGCAUAGUUCACAAAAAAUGGCUCAUUUAAAUCAGGUGGCUGAGACUUCGGUAGUUUUAAGUGAUGCCUUUCAUAAUUUGAUUGCAUGAGAGGGAUAUUAAGAUUAGGAAAUACUAUAUGGUCUUUGUGUCAGGAUCAAGUUGCAAUCCCAUUCAGAAACCUCAGUAUAGUGAUAGACAUUCAGCAAUAUCUGCUGCUACAUAUUUAAUGAGGAGUGCUCCAUGAUUAAGAUAAUUAUAAAAUCAGUCUAAUGACAAAACUUCUGCAGUAUUAUUCCAUAUAGAAAUGUUUAGUUUUUAAUCUGUUGAUGUAGAUACUCCUUGAUGAAGAAAGACUGAUUGUCAGCAGCAGAGGAAUUUGUAAACUUUUGAGUCUGUAUUUUUCUCUCCUAAGUUCACAAAGGAGUAGUAACUUUUAAUUGUAAAUGGGGCUGAAAUAAAAGUACGUGUUAAGUGAAUAUGUUAAUCAUAAGUGAUUGCUAUGAAGAACAGCACAGGAAAUAGUCUAGGGAGUAGCAUGGCUACGGACCCCUUGCUUUGAAAUGGUGUGUAAUAAUACUAGGGAUAUAUAACGUCUAUUUAUGGAGUAACAAAAUGUAUUACUUGUACAACUCUUCCUUUGUGGGAAUUAAAUCUUGCAUGUUUGUGUUGCACAAAACUCUCUCCUAGUGAAGGACUGACCCUUUUUAUGAAUAUUAAUUCAAUAUGAACAUAGUGCGAGACGGUCCAUUUCUUUCCAGUUUAAUGAGUAAUAGCAGUGUACGUGAUUUACAGUAUGACCUUUCUUGCAAACUUUACAGAUUUUCAACAUUUGCCAAGUUUCCUAGCAGUGUUGCAGUGUCUGAAAGGAGUCUGGCGGAUGCUGGUUUUUACUAUACUGGAGUGAAUGACAGGGUCAAGUGUUUCAGCUGUGGGCUGAUGCUAGACAACUGGAAAUCUGGGGACAUUCCGAUUGAAAAACACAAAUGCUUCUAUCCUAGUUGCAGCUUUGCUCAAAGCCUUUCCAGUAGUGGUCUUGUAUCUUCUUCCUGUUCUGCAUUUUCUCCACCAUUUAUCACCAGCCUGUCUGCACCAUCAUCGCCAACACCACUGCUGCCACCACCACCUCAAAGUAUAGAGCAUGCGGGCUGUGUAACCACAACUUCCAACAGCUUUUCUCAGGGACCUGCCAUUUCUGCAGCAGUAGAAAAUUUGAAUCUCCUCCACAUGCCAUGUUUGCACAAUGCCGACAUGAGUAGUGAAGAAGCCAGGAUAAAGUCCUUUCAUAGCUGGCCACUGACAUUUCUGUCAUCAGAGGAACUUGCAAAAGCUGGUUUUUAUUUUGUAGGGCCUGGUGACAAAGUUGCCUGCUUUUCCUGUGGUGGCCAGCUAAAAAAUUUGGAACCUAGGGAUGAUGUAGUUUCUGAACAUCGAAGACACUAUCCAGAUUGUUCUUUUGUUUCUGAUAAACUACAGAGUAGGAAACCUCAAGAAAAUUGCAAACAUGCUGUUUCAAAUCCAGACAUGCGAGGAUAUGUGGCUCGAGUUAAUACUUUCAUUAACUGGCCUCCUAGAAUCCCUGUUCGGCCUGAACAACUUGCAUGGGCUGGAUUUUAUUAUGUUGGUCGCAGUGAUGAUGUCAAGUGCUUUUGCUGUGAUGGUGGGCUGAGAUGUUGGGAGUCUGGAGAUGAUCCAUGGGUGGAACAUGCAAAAUGGUUUCCAAGGUGUGAGUAUCUGUUGUUGGCAAGAGGGCAGGAGUUUGUCAAUCAAGUACAAGCACGAUUCCCACAUCUUUUUGAACAGUUGCUUUCUAGUGCAAAAAGGUCUGCUAGAGAAGAUCUGGACCCAUCAAUUCAUUCAGCAGCACAAGAAAAUCAGUCAGAAGACUUUAUGUUGAAUAAUCCAGCUGUUAAAGCUGCUUUACAGAUGGGCUUCAGUAGAAAUCUGGUGAAGCAGAUUGUGCAGAGGAAAAUACGUACAACUGGUCAGAAUUACAGAAUUGUUAGUGAACUAGUGACAGAUGUACUUGCUGCAAAUGAUGAGAAAAAAGAAGAGGAGCAAGAAAAAGAGCUGGAGAAAAGUACUCCAGACUUGCCUUUAGAGGAACAACUAAGAAGAUUACAAGAGGAACGAACUUGUAAAGUCUGCACAGAUAAGGAGGUUUCCGUCGUGUUCAUUCCAUGUGGUCAUUUAGUAGUCUGCAAGGAAUGUGCACCUUCAUUGACUCAGUGUCCCAUUUGCAGGAGCACAAUUAAGGGCACAGUCCGUACCUUUCUUUCAUAAAAAAAAUAAACCUGCAUCUAAAUUAUGACCUGCUAAAUGUGUGAACCCUGUCUUGUGUAGUAUUUUCUAAUCUGUAAUAAAAAAUGGUUUUCACUGUUAGAUGUACUGUAGAUGGUUAUCCAUUCAAGAAUGUGGAUUUGUUUGUUCUUGGGGUAAAUGUUAAUAAAACUAGCACUUUCCCACAGCUUCCAAGUAAUUGUCAAAUAUUUUAGUUUUUUCAUCUUUUCUGUUUUAGAUGCUACUUCAUUAAAAUAAAUUAUUAAAUAUA